AUGCCGGAUCUGUCGCUCGUUACAUCCCYAGACACAUCCCGAUGCCGACUCCUUGAGCUUCCCUGGGAGCUAAGGCACCGCAUCUUUGGCUUUGCCGUUGUCGUCUCCAGCCCAUCCGAUCGCGUUAAAAUCGGCACUUCAGGAUAUAACCGUACCGGUCUUAUCCGUGCAUGCAAGAUGACCCGACGAGAAAGCUUCAGAAUUUACUACACCAGCAACUACUUUGAAAUCACAAUCACCAACUAUGACGCUACCGAGUCGCUGAGAUUCUUCGACUGCUUGUCAGUUAAACACUCGACGGGACUCUGCUUUCUGAAGCAAGGUGAUAGUGUACGACUCCGUGCUCCGACGAUCACGGUUUGCCCCGUCGCGGGAGAGCCGUCUCUCCACUGGAAUAACCUCAUGGAUUGGCUCAAGCAGCUCCAUCACAGGCCCGGACUGCGAUGGAGUCAUGAGAAUUCCGAGCUUGGGCCUGUUACCACAAGAAUCAGAGCAUACCAAGUCAAGUACGAUGGGUUGAAGAGUAUGUUUGAGAUCGCGAGAGACUUGCAGGAUCUUCCGUGGAGCCGCGUGAAGAUGAUUCUAAAUCAUAUGCGUCCGGGCUUGGUGAGGGCUGAACCUCUGUUUGCAGAGGUCGAUGGGAGGAGGGCGUAG